GAGACUCCAGAACAGAAGCACCAGCUUCUUCAUCAUUGACGGUUCACUUGUCAUUCUAGACUCCAGUCCAAUUCCCUGUUUGGGUGCUGAGAAAGUGAAGGAAAAAAUGGAAGAUCCAUCGUUUUUCGACCGGAUGAUCAGUCAUCUUCGAUCAACAUGCAAGUAUUAUACUGGUUAUCCAAAGGAUCUUGGCCCGUCAAGGCUUAUUCAUUUUACCUCUGAGCGUGAGUUUGUCAGACUUCUUCAUGAAGGCUUUCCUGUGGUUGCUGCGUUUACUAUCAGGGGGAAUUACUCACGGCAUCUCGACAAAGUAUUAGAAGAAGCUGCUGUUGACUUUUAUCCACAUGUAAAAUUUAUGCGUGUUGAAUGUCCAAAAUAUCCUGGGUUUUGUAUAACUCGGCAGAAAACAGAGUAUCCAUUCAUUGAAAUAUUUCAUAGUCCACAACAUGCAGCUGACCAGGGAAGGGUAGCUGAUCCAAAUAUUACUAAAUACAACGUGAAGGUCUUGCCUUUCAACUACGAUGUUAGUACUUACGGAUUUAGAGAAUUCUUCAAGCGACAUGGUAUAAGGGCAUCAGAUCCAAAUUAAGGAUCCGGUGGAAAGGUUUUAUCUAUUACUGCCUGUUUUAUCAAUCUGUAUAACAGCACAAGUUCACUACUUAAGGCCAAUAGAUGGACUAUUAUAUUUACCUGCAUGAUUGAUAUCCAAACCUAUAAUUUGGUUAAGUUCUCGUCAGGGACAUUAUUUUCUUCGUUCCUUCAUUUUUGCUUUUUUAAUUUCUUCGAUCAAUUUUUG